AUGGACUGCAAAGACCCAAAAUCGAACUCUGAUCUCUUCUACAUUACGGCAAAGGUCAUCUUCACGCUGGACGAGUUAGGGAUGAAGGAUUUUGGAUUGUCGGUCUAUGGCAUAGCGAACCUCUACCUAGACGGAGAGUUCAUCACUGAGGAGACAACCCGCAAGCAGGAGGCCGGCAGCAUAUCCUUUCGCAAACGUGCAUGCGAUCUUGCUGCUGAAGCAGACUACUCUAUUCUCUGCACAGGGCUUAAUGAGGAAUGGGAAUGCGAGGGCUUCGAUAAGUUGGACUUCUCAUUGCCGCCCGGAGUGGACGAGCUGAUUUCGGGCGUCCUAGCCGCGCAGCCAAAUACUAUUAUCGUGACGCAAUCGGGCACACUGCUUAAGAUGUUAUGGGAAUCUGAGGCUAGAUCGAUCGUGCACGCCUGGUGCGGAGGCAGCGAGGAAGGAAAUGGUGUUGCCGAUCUGUGUCUCAUCUGGCUCGAGGAGAUCAGAGACAAUCCUGCCUAUUUGAACUGGGGUAGCAUUCGGGGUCGCGAGCUCUAUGGCGAGGAUGUGUUUGCGGGCUACAAGUUCUACGACGACCUUGACCGGUCUCCGUUGUUCUCGUUCGGAUACGGCAUCUCUUACAUCACGCUCGCUCUCACUCCCAUCGCGGCAUCGAGGGAAAGCCUCUAUAUCGGCGUCAUAAACACGGGCAAAUCUGCCGGCACCGAGGCCAUCCAGGUCUGCAUUCACGCUAUGUCGAGCGUUGUACUUCCAGCCCAAAGGGAGCUUCACGGGUUCGUGAAAGUCGAGUUGAUGUCCGGGGGAUGCUAA